CCUCACACUUCUCUCUUCGACAAUCUCCACUGCUCCAUGACAAUGGAAAGAUCUAUUACAGCUUUCUCGUUUGCGUUGCUUGCUGGUUUAGUUUCAUCACUAGUCCCUGUGGUCCAAGCCCAACAGAUUCCAGGUUUUAUCAGUAUUGAUUGUGGGGCAACUAAUGUAUACACCGAGGAUGAAAUCAGAAUAAGAUACGAAACCGAUGAAGGGUUCAUAGACUCUGGACAAAACAAGCAGAUAUCCAUGACGUUCAUACAUGAAGGCUAUCGACAGUGCUUGAAUAAUUUAAGGAGUUUUCCCAACAGAAAGAGAAAUUGUUACACUUUAAAACCAGACCAAGGCAAGAACAACACCUACUUGAUUAGGGCAAGGUUUUACUAUGGGAACUAUGAUGAAAAGAAUCAGAUUCCUUCAUUCGACCUAUACAUUGAUGUUAAUUAUUGGACCACGGUGAACUACUUGGGUCCUGGUUAUGAAGAAAUCAUGUACGUGUCCCCAGCAGAUGAUAUCCAAGUGUGUCUUGUCAAUACUGGCAAUGGGGUGCCCUUCAUUUCGGCAUUGGAACUAAGACAUAUAGAUGAUGAUGGCAUCUAUCGAUUAAGAUCUGGAUUCUUGGAACACGCUGGGCGACUGGACAUCGGAGGUGCCUCGGACUCUUUCAUCAGGUACCCUAAAGAUGUUUAUGAUCGGAUUUGGGAAACUGAAGACUAUGCUGGUUGGAUCUUUCUGGACACCCCAUCUAUCAUUAAUUCAUCUGACGAUAAUGAUGCUUAUAAGGUUCCUAGCGAAGUUCUUCGGACCGCUCAAAGUUCAAUCAAUGGCAGUACUCCCUUGCGUUUAGGAUGGACACCUUCAAGCUCUGCAGAGAAAUGGAUUGUGUACUUUUAUUUCGUUGAGAUUGAGAGACUGACAAACGGCCUCCAGAGGGAGUUCACAGUUUCCAUGAAUGAUAAUCAAUUCAUGGAGAUAGUGAGCCUUGAAUACUUAAAGCCAGUGGUUGUAGUCUCCACUCCUGUUAGUGGGUCGCUCAUCACGUUCUCGAUUGAAUCGACAAAUAAGUCUGGAAAUCCACCGAUCCUCAAUGCCGUGGAGUUCUAUACCAUUGGUGAUCUUCCAAAUGUACCCACAGCACAAGAUGAUGUGAAAGCUAUUAAUGACAUCAAAGCGACAUAUCACAUUCAGAAAGAAAGCUGGCAAGGUGACCCAUGUAUACCAAGUAUAUACACAUGGGAUGGUCUAAAUUGUAGCAAUGGAAAUCCUCCAAGGAUCAUAUCAUUGAAAUUGAGCUCAAGCAAUUUGGUGGGCGACAUAGUCUCAUCACUGUCACGUCUAUCAACAAUGGAAGACUUAGAUUUGUCCAACAAUAAGCUUACGGGAGCAAUACCAGAAACUCGCAGAAUUACCAAAUCUUAG